AUGUACGCCAACAGCCCCCGCCACGUCUCGCUCCCUGCCCAAGCGGCUACUCCUACCCCUUCCCAUAACCCCUCGGGUCCUCCCUCCCCGCCUAAGGCGACAGUCAUGGGCGACCAAGGAGACAAGGCCACACCGGAAGGAAACCCCUGGAACAACGGAAAGCCCUCCCCAGGGCGACCAGGCUCCCCGUCCUACGCGCAGGUUACGUCGAACGAGACCUCGACUCGCAUGAAGGACAUCCUUGCGGGACUCGAGUCCAGAGGGGACCAGUCAACGGCCCCGGGAGAGGAGGCAACGACCGUCACCCCAAUGGCCCCCACCCCGCCGGAGGGACCGGAGACGGAACAGGCGAGAGCAGCCACGUCGCAGCCGAAGAACAAGCAACAGGAAAAAAAGAGGAAGAAGGCGUCGAGGACGACCAUCACCCUCGUCGGACUCGGCCCUCCCCCCCGACCCUCCUCGACGGCCAGAGGACACCUCCGAGACGAAGCAAAGACCCAGCGCGUCGCCACCGACCCGCGAAAGCGCCGCCGAGUCGAGGGAGAGACGGACGACGAAGGCGGAGCAUCCCGCCCGCAGCCUACCCUGAGAGUCCAGAACCCGUCACCUGCCCCUCCGCUCACCCAGCCCGCCGAGCCGCCGCAGCCCGAGGAGGAAGACCUAAGCCUAACCCCAGGCUACAACUCGGACCGCGAACCAACGAUCGCGGACAUGGACCUGUACAACGGUCUGAACCCUCGAGAGAUAAAUCCGGCCAACCGCCCGCGCCCCUUCCUCGCUCCCCCUCCUGAGUGGAACCAGACGCGCGACUUCUGGGUCCCUCCCUCCGCCCAGGAGGACAUCUUCUGGAACACCAGCACGCCGGCGCAAGCCCUCCCAGCCGAGUACCUGAGAACCCAACCACCCCAGCCAUCCUCAUCCGCGCUCGGUAACCCCGGGAUCGAACAUCUCAUCCGUAGCGCCGACCUAUCAGGCCUCGAUAGCACCGCUCCGCAGAACGAACGCGACGUCCCGUCCCACUCCCACCAGCCACAUCAGGCCACCCAGCAGACGAGGAGACCCGCCCAAGAUACAAACCGUACAAGGAUGGACGAUCCUCGGUACCGCCACGUCCCCCCGACGAACGAUGUAAGGACAGGGCAGGCGGCAACGGCUCCUAACAGCCACGCGCGAGACCGACCACCCCACACGGGAUCUGCGCGAAGCUUACAUGCCCCGCAGCCCACUCGGGUGGACGGUCCUCCCAUCCCCCUCCCCCCCUUCACGCCACCGCGCGGACAGAGCAUCAACAAUCUGGGCGCCCAAGGUAGCCAGGCGGCGCAGAGACCGGACUCUAGAGCAUCCGUCCUCACCUACGUCACGAAUCACCGGAACGGCCCCGGGCUGCAGCAACAAGACGCGAACGACAUGAUCGUCGACGACGAACUGUGGGGCAACUACGUCAACCAGCCUCCACCACACCAGCAACCGGCCGGCCCGUUCCACCAGGGCGACCAGCAACACUACGCUCCGCAGAUCCACGACGAACGCGACGAGGACGACGUCGACGACCUGCGCUAUAUCAACCAGCAAUGGCUCCCCGCGACCGUCACGCCAGCCCCGCCGGACGAUUGGAGAGACAUCCAGGGCGAAACCUUCUACUUCAAAUUUGACGGGCAGUGUAAGACCCAAGCCUCGAAAUGGCUCUCUAGCCGACGACGCGGCGUCCUCUUUUCCUGGGGAGGCCACGGAGCGAGAGAUAACGACGCAGACAGCUGGGACAGACAAAUGCGGCUGGAACAGACCCUGCAGCACGACUUCGGGAUCCCGUCGCCCGAAAUCUACACCCCGGACGCCGAAGCCGGCGCGAGCCCGGACUCCGGCCCCGACUACCACCUUCUGCAGGGCAUCACGGCCCAGCAACAGCGAACCCUCCUCGCAAAGAAAUGGUACGUCAGGAAAGACUUGGCAGUCCGUUUCGUCGACCUCUCCCUCGGACCAUCCACGUGGAUGGGAUCUUUCGAAAAGAAGGCAGCUUUUGGCUCGAUGAAAAACGAGCAGAUCCUCCCGCACUUCCGCGACGCCUUCAGGCGCCAGCCGCUCCUCCGUGUCACAAUGGAGACCAUCGAGCGCGACAAGGCCCUCGGCGUACGAGGGAAGUGGGGCGCUACGCCAACCUACCUAGCCUUCGAAUACCUCGUCGCCUCCAUCAACGUCCGCACCAUGCCCCGCCAAACGAACGGACGAGCAAUCAACCCGCUCAUCCAACUCUACUGCGACUCACCAACGUCCCACCCGCGCGACUGGGUAAUAUGGCGCGACUACGUCCGCACGCAACCCUUCUCCACUCCUAACGGCGCAAAGGCCAUCCUCGUCGAGAAAGUCGUCAAGUCUCCAUCCAACAGAACGAACCCCACCGUCGCGACGGAAGAGCUCCCAGAGGACGAGGAGACCGCACUGAUAGCGGGUGUUACGGACGCGGUGGAGCGCAUCAAGGCCGCGUACACCACCACUUACAAAAUGGCAUUCAAGAAUCGCGACCCGCACGUCUUCUGCUCACUGCGCUCCUCGCGCAACGACUCAAGCGUGCGCUCCUCGCCACGCUGGGAGCGGCUCCUCGCCGACUUCUUAAGUCGAGCUCCUCGCCGACUUAGCGGGCCGUGCUCCUCGCCGAUUCGCAUCCCUGGGCUCCUCGCCUCGGGCACGACCUUCUCGCGGGCUCCUCGCCCCCGUACGACCUCUUACGAAUCCGUGGGCUCCUCGCUCCCACAAGACCAAUCGUCACUUCCAGCUGCUCGCCAGCUCACGGCUCCUCAGCCUCAAUUAUCAGCCUACGUGGAGGACGCCGGAGACCCGGACAGCUCUGAACCCAGAAGGAAGCCAAACAAGUCGAUCGGCCUCUCCGCUCCGUCCUUCGGAACGAGCGAACCGGCCCCGCUCUCAUCGUCCGCCCGUGCGGCCGUUCACCAAGGUUCUUCAAUGGCUAAUAUAGGGCCGGACAACUCUCUGCCACGCGUCAAUUUGGGCCCGGGGUCCCUUCGCGAUGUGAGAAAUUCCUCACUCGUGGAGUCCCCUCAACCGCGCCCGGCAGAGGCGAGCUCUCAAACUGCGUUACCAUCGAACUGGAACUUUGAGUACUCGCCCUCCACCACGCCUAUUCUACCACCGGAAUCAGGAAAUGACCUGUUUCCCCAAAUAACAGCGGGUGGUCUCACUUCCUUCGAUUACAACGCUCCUCCCUUUGCCGCGUCUACCCCUUGGCGUCCCGGUGCUCAAUCCGCUAGACCCAAAACGGAAGCGGCACCCCUGUCGGCUGCGGACGCAAGGCAAGCUGCCAAGGAGUCGGUGGACAAGACUCACUUCAAGGAUCUCCUUGACGCUUCCGGGCAUUUCCUCGCGCACCUCCGCAGGCCAGAGGAAGCGGAGGCCUACUUCGAGGACCUCAACGCGCCUGACGCUACGGGAAAGUACGGCACGCUGUUCGAAGAAGCGAACGCGUUCGUCGGAGAUGACCUGGCUAGUUCGGACGUGCGCAAUUCGCCCGACCUGGAGGAUAAGGAAGCUCGGUUCCAUCUGACGGCCCGAGCCAUGAGGCGUGUUGACUACGUAGUAGAAGGAUUAGAAACAUUAGUCACCGCCAUGUUGCAACUGGAAGGAGGGGCACGCCGAUGGAAGGCCGACCACGCCGAUUCUUUACUGGAAGCACUCCGAGGUUCAGCUUCUAGAGGCCUCAUCUCGGACGCGUUCCGAGUCCUUCAGUAUCGAGCGGCGAAAGCCAUCACUCUGAUCCACCAGAGGCGUGCUCUCCACCGCGGCCAAACGUACCCUAGCUCCAUCAAAUCGACGGACUCGGACUUCAGUCAACACCUCAGGGAGUCCAACUCCAAGAGAGUAGUCCUCGACAAAAUACCAGGCGGUAGUACUCCGACGCUUGGGUAA